UGUGUGUAGUAGGUAGAGUAGACGAAGAAGCUCUGAAACCCGAGUAUGGCGGCGACGUCGUUGGUGCUAACAUGCGCAUCUCCUCUGUUCACCGGUGGGCUUGUUUCUGCUGUGAAGACGCUGAAUACAGAGUCCUCGAUUUCUUGCUCCAAUUUGAGUUUGUUUCGUGUAAAUUCUCCUGCCGAUUUCUCAGCAAAAUUCCUAAGAAGAUGCUUGGGGGAAAAAGACGAAGUGCUUCUAGAAGGAAUGCCACCGGAGUAUUACGAUGAUGAAUGGCAAGCUCGACAGAGAGAGAAGACGAAAGAAUUGAGGCGGAUGCAGCGGGAGGAAGAAGAAGAAGAGGAGAGAAAGAUUGAAGAGUACCGUGAAAUUGGCACGAGGUUGAAAGAAUUUCCUGAGGAAGAGUUAAGGAAAGCUAGAAAGCUCGUCUCCAGCUUCAUCAGAGCUGCGGAGGAAGUAGAGGAGAGAAUUGAAGAAGCAGCCGAGAAAGGAGAACUUGACGAGCUUGUCCUCAUGAUUAUAUGGAACCGGCUUGACCUUGCUCGUCGCGAUGAUGAAAAGGACGCCGUUAGAAGUCUUGAUCUUUUGUAUAGAAGAGUCGAGACAGAGAUCUUAAAACGGCAAGCAAGUCCUGCGAUGAAACUGCUGAAUGAUCUUCUAAACAUGCAUGAUGGUUUUGAAGACGAUGCUUGGCUCAAGGACUGCAAAAAACGAAUGGCUGAGACCUUCCCACGAGAAGACCCCUUUAGCAUUCUGAUGCCACCCGGAUUCGACAUUGAUAUGCAUCAAGGACCGUUGCGACCACCCAUUGAGACUGAGACGGACAAUACCCUUCUGAGAGUAGACUUUGUAAGAGAAGUGGAUGCAUUGCUACAGGAAGUAAGAAUAGAGGAAGAUGCGGACGCUGGUGACAGAGGAGAAGGGCUUGAUCCUGAAGCUAUAGCACUUAAGUUUAAGCAGCAGGAGAAGCAGCGAACCAUUCGUCAAGUUGAAGCCAUUCUUGAUUUGGCCCUAAACUUGAGGUGGUAGGUACUACUAGUAGCCACUAGGUAGGUAACAGGAAUAUAUGUAUGCCAGAAUUAUUAUUCAUAGAUACUAGGUCACUCGAUAGAGGUGUUUUUGUUUAGAAAUGAAUGAAUCAAAAUAUCUGAUUUGUGAGAAAUACGACAUUUCUUCUAGAGUGUUGGGCCAAAAA